CGGGCGUACGGCUGCCCAUCUCGUCCAUCAGGGACUUCGAGUGAAGGCAGGCAGCCCAACCGCAACCCUGCCACAGCCCAGAAGCAUCAGUGAGGGCAGCCUGUACGCGCAAAGCAUCAGUGAGUGAGGGCAGCCCUGCGCGCUAUGCUCGCGCUCCGCUGGCUCGUCGUCGGCACGGCGGCAGCCACGACGCUCAAAGACCUCUGCCCCAACAAGCAUUUUGAGGCAACGCUCGAAGACAUCGACGACGCCGUGCUGCGGGGUCCGCCGUACGACGACGUCCGCGACCAGCUCGCGCUGAGGCACGCCACGGAGGGCCGCAAAGGGCUCGAGAUCGGCGGCCCGACGCCGCUCGCCGCGAACCUCUAUGGGCUACUGGCGAGCUGCGACAACCUGGCCACGUUCGAGGAUCAUUUUCAUGGGAGACCUGAGUUGAUAGAUGGAGCGGACUUCGCCCCGGCCGGCGAGGCGAUCGGCAAAACCCUGGUAGGUGACGCUUCCAAUCUCACGAACCACGUCGCCGAGGGCUCCUACGAAUUCCUGUUCGCGUCACAUGUAUUGGAACACACGCGAGAUCCGCUCGGCGCCUUACUGAGCUGGGAUGCCGUGCUCGCGCCGGGCGGGACGCUGUUCCUCGUUCUGCCCUGGAAGGCGGACACAUUUGAUCACGCUCGCGCCCCUAACACACUUGACCAGCUCGCCCAGAAACACGUAAGACGACGGACGAACGAAGACGCGCUCAUGUCAGAUUUUGAACAGACAAUUAGGUCCGUGGACGUCACGCGCGACUGGGGCUUCCCGCCGGGGAGCGGGGCGGCGGAAUUGAGGGAAAGAACUCUAGCCUCGGAGAAAGGAAUGCAGAUGCUGCACUGGCACGUCUUCGACUUCCACCUGCUGAAGGAGCUCUACGAGUGCCUGAACUACGACGUCGUGGUCCUGGACCUGCUCCGGCCCUUCCACCAGGUCAUCGUCGGGACGAAGCGUAUGUCGUCGUAACUAAAACUGUUGUGUUA